AUGGCUCCUAUGCUCCGCGGAAUGGGCGUUGCUGCCCUCGCUGCCCUGCCGCUGGCCAGCGCCCACAUCAGCAUGAAGCACCCCGUGCCCUUCGACACCAUCUCGCUGCAGCAGGACCGCAGCCCGCUCACCCCGGAGCAGUACCCCUGCAAGUUCCAGACCUACUCGGCGACGGAGCGCACUGAGCUCGCCGUCGGCCAGCAGUACACUCUGGACUUCUACCCCGGCAACGACGCUGAGAUUGCCGCCAUUGGCAGCACCCAGGGCGCCGCCGUGCACGACGGUGGUUCGUGCCAGCUGUCCAUCACCUACGACAAGGCUCCCACCGCCAAGUCCGUGUUCAAGGUCUUCCACUCGAUCCAGGGCGGCUGCCCCGGCUACAACCAGAAGACGUCGAGCUUCCAGUACUCGAUCCCCAAGGACCUGGUCAACGGCGAGGCCAUCCUGGCCUGGACCUGGUUCCCCGUCUCCAGCUACGCGCCCGAGAUGUACAUGAACUGCGCGCCCGUCACCAUCUCGGGCGCCUCUGACGACACCUCUGCCUUCGACGAGCUCCCCGACAUCUUCGUCGCCAACCUGGGCUACAGCACCUUCGACGCCGGCCUCAGCUCGGUCAACUCGUUCCUGCAGAGCACCGUCACCCAGGCCAGCCUGCUCGCCCAGGGCCAGCUGCCGCAGUGCCUCACCCAGGGCGAGCACGUCCUCGAGUUCCCCAACCCGGGCACGAGCCUCGCCACCGGCGGCUCCGACGUCCUGUACGGCGGCCUGGCCAAGCCGCAGGGCCAGUGCGCCGGCAGCAGCAGCAAGUCUGGCGCCUCCUCUUCCGGCUCCUCCUCCUCCUCCUCGCAGCAGUCCUCCUCCUCUGCUUCCUCCUCCACCACUGUCGCCAAGACCUCCUCCGCCGCCGGCAUCUUCGCCGAGGCCCCCUCGUCCGCUCCCGCCGUCGCCGCCGCUCCCGCCGCCGUCACCUCCGCCGCCCAGGAGGUCGCUACCUCCGCCGUCCAGGCCACCACCCUCGUCACCAAGGUCCAGACCUCGGCCGCCGCUGCCGCUCCUGCCGCCACUCAGGUCGCUGGUGUUGGUGAGGCCAACUCCUCUUGCACCGACGCCAACGACGGCCAGGUCAUCUGCAACGGCGAGUCGCAGUACGGUCUGUGCAACCGCGGCUACGUCUACUUCCAGGACGUCGCUGCCGGCAUGGUCUGCAAGAACGGCAAGGUCGUUGGUGCCCAGUAA